AUGGAAGAAAACUCGAAAGAAGAAAAUAAAGAUAAUACCCCUAAGGAAUCUAUACAGUUAUUUCUUGAUAGCUUUGAAACAAUCUCAGAAUCCCUUAUUAAAAAUUCCAAUUUACAAGAAUUAUUGAAACACUUAUCAAAAUUGUUAGUAUAUCAUACCAAUUCCCGUUACGCCGCACAAGUGCUAAGCUUAGGCUCAAAUCUUGUUGAUAAAAUCUCAAAAAAAGCAUUAUCAAAUAUUUCAGACCCAUAUCAGACCUUAUCAAUGCUGCAAUCACUCAAAUUAAUCUUAAAUGUAUACCCUGCAAUUUUAUUGCCUGAAAAAUGUAUAGUUCACAAUCCCAUAUAGAUUCCUUUCUCAAAUAGCCAGAUAUUUAAUAACAAAUAAUUUUCGUAAAAAAAUUAAUAUUUAUCCAUUGGCUCGUGAAAACAUCUGAUUUUCUCUGGUCUUUUGGAUUUGUUUUUGCUCAAUCCCUUUUGUCCUUGUAAAGAUUUUUCCUUAUAUAAAUCAAAAAGAUUCUUAUCCUAUGCAUUGUUAAACAAUCUUGCAUGCACUUUUAGGAGACUAGGAAAAUUCCACGCUGCGAAGAAAUAUUUAGACAAAGCUUUAGAAUUAAUAAAAACAAAUCGUGAUGUUCCAAUCGAUAAAUCAUCAACUUACUUAAACUGCUGCGCAGUUUUCUCUAAUUUAAACAAGCAUAAAGAAGCUCUAGAUUACGCUAUGCAGGCUGUUCAGUACUCACAAGAUGAUAUGUUAAAUUUGCCAAAAGAUAUUCCUUUUACUGAUUAUGUCAAUAAAAUAUCGAUUUUAGCGAUUUCUUAUUAUAAUAUUGCCAUAGAAAAUGAGUAUUUGAAGAAAUAUGACGAUUCUUAUGAAUGAUAUGGAAAGGCUAUAAAAUUUUUAAACAACCAUCAAGAAACACAAAAUUUGGUAUAGAAUUUUCCCAUGAAUGGCGCUGUUUGGCCUUGAUUUUUCCCACCAGUACCAUAUGGUUUGGUCAAACCAAAAAAUUUUCCCAGUGGGAAAAUCAAGGCCAAACAGCGCCAUUCAUGGGAAAAUUCUAUAGCAAUUUUUGAUGAUUGUGUGAAAAAUUAUGAGGAAAUUAAAGAAAAAUUAAAAAAGAGGCCACUUUUUAGUAGAAAUUCACGAAGUCGGCCAAUAUCGGCUAAACCUAAUGAAAUUAAUAAAUCAAAUCUUAGAGAUGUGCAAGCUUCUCCACAAAUAGACGUGAAAUCAAGCAAUAAUUUUUUUGAUGCGAGAUUUCCUUUAGAAAAGAAGCCAUAUACAUUUGAAGAAAUAAAAAGCCGAUUGAGUAUCAAAAAUUUUCCAAAAUUAAAUCCAAGAAAAUCUCUUGAUGAAAAUGAGUCUGAAACUGAUCGGAAAUUAAAACCCAUUUUAUGCCACGACGACAGUCAGCAAAAAUUUGUAUCAAAGUCAAAAAGUCCUCAAAAAAUGAGUGCGAAGAUCCAGAAAAGUCCUUAUAGGUCUUCAGUAAUCAGAUCAAAUAAGCUGCUUGAGGUCCGAUCAACUCCUCAAGGAAACCAUAUAAACAUAAGAAAAGGCAGCACCCCAGCCCCUGGCAACUCUCAGCAUCAUAAAAUUCUUGAAGAAGAAAGCAAUGACACCCCAGAAAACCAAAGCCAGCUCAAUCCCCAUUCUUAUUAUAUUGGAAUAGACCAUGAUACCCCCUUCAGUCUGACCGAAUUUUAUGCAAAUUCUGACACUCCUACUAAAGCUCUUCAUAUAAAUCCUGAAAAAGACAAAUUGAUAAAAGAUGCAGUCACUGCAAUUCAGAAUAUUUUUAGGGGUAGAAAAUACAAAAAGCCGUCAGAAACACAAAAAGGUAGCUCUGAAAUAAUUUUUAAAGCUGGAAGGAGAAUAGGCGGACAAUAUUUUUUGGUAAUGGUGCUUAAAUCUGAAAAUGAAUAUAAUGAGUUAGAAGAAUUUCUUAACAAGAUUGAUUUGACCAGACAUAAGCAAUUAUCUGUAAAUUCUCAUUUAUCAAUCAAUAUUAAUACACUUAGUUAAUAAAAUUUAGAUAAUUAAUAAUUCAAUAUAGAACUAAUGAAAUAAAUAAUUAAAUUAUCAUGACUUCUAAGAGUGUAAACGGCAUAAAAUGCUUUUUAUAACAAUUUAAGUGUACUUUAUAUUUUAAUUAGCAUCGCUAUCUUAAAAUUUGUGUAAUUCUUUAAAAAAUAAAAACUCGUAAAAUUUCAAUCCAAUACGUUUUUGAUCAAAAUUAUAUUUAAGUUGAUUAUUAGUAGAUCUUAAUUUUCCGCAUUUUGGAUUUGAGCACAAAUUAAAAAGAUAUGCUUAUAAUAAUUUAAAAAUUAAAAUAGGAAAUUUUAUCAAAAACUCCAUUAUAAAUUUGACGAGCUAAAUUAAUAAUCAUCUGACAAUUAUUUUAGUUUAAGAAAAAUGCAAGCCUGCAAGAAAUAAAUUUCUCUAUCUAAGAUCUUUAUUUUAUACAUUGGAAAAAAUAUAAAGUUUUGCAGCCAUUCUUUCGAGCUAAAAUAUUUAAAAUUAAGUUAUAGGUUACAACCGUUAUAUUAUUAUUAAAAAAAAAUAUGUCUUGAUUUAAUGUUAUUGGCAAAAAUAAGAUGAUAAGAAAUUUUUGAAACAGAGCAUAUAAACUGACAUUGAACAAAUUAGGGGAAAUUGACAAGGUUUAUGAAAUUCCAAUAAAUUCUAGCCAGGCUGAAUAUCCGGAACAGCUUAUAAAGCAAGUCCAAUUUAAAGAAAACGGCCAACCUUAUAUAGCCUCCUUAAAACCUGAUACUAUGAAAUCCUCACAAGUAAAUGAGCUUGUAAUUCAAUCUUUUUCUAGCUCAAUUAUAGUGCCUGCCCCAGUUCCAAAAAUUUCAAUACAGACUGAAAUAAAAGAAAAUUCUCAUAGCCAGCUAGUCAGCAAACUUAAUACAAUUGGCUCAUCUCCAAGCAGAGAAUUAAAGCAGGCUAAAAAGAUCACAGAUCAGCUGCAAUUAAAUGAUUCAUUUGAUUUGCUGAAUAGGACUCCAUUAGACUCAUCUCGCUAUGUUUUCAAGCUGGUAUUAGCAAAAACAAUCGAAAUCGACAGCCAAAGCUGCUUGGUCACUAUAUACAUUUCACAAAAAUACUUAAAAAUGGAUAUAAAAAGAGAUGAAAAUUCUGAAGAAAAAAUCAUUAAAAUUGAAGAAGCGGCUGAGUUGUUAAAAGUGAAAAAAGAAAGGCUAGAGUCAAAUACACAUAAACUCUGUGAUCUUAUCCAGAAAAAUAAAGGCCUGGAUUUCAUCAAAACUAAUGUAACCUUAAAAGGCGAUCUAAGCAGCGAGUCAUUGGACACUGAUAAAGACUCAAUUCAAGAAGACCAAAAUUUUGUAGGUGGAAAAGCCAUAUGAAGAAAUAUUGAUGGAAGCCUUUUCAUGCUUGAAGCUUCCGAAUUUGAAGAAAUUAUCAAUAUAAAAGCAGCAAACACAGCUGAUAAAUCAUUAGUCCACCAUAAAAGCUACACAAGAAAAGAAAUCGAAAAAUAUUAUGGCUCAGUUUUGCCGCUUGAAGCAAUCCUGCAAGAAGUAAGCAUAAAGAAUGGUGAAAUAGUCUUAAAACAUGAGAAAAAACUCUAA